CGUGCCUGUAAGCUUUUGGAAAGAAUACGUGGCGAUGGUGAUAGGCAACCUGACUGCGAGCAUCGAAGAAAUAUAUAAAGUUGGAGGGAGGAAAUUUGGGUUCAUGAGUUUGGGACAACUUGGUUGUACCCCCGUCCUGAGGAUACUCGUGCCUGGAAAUUCAAGUUCCUGCCUUGAGGACGCUAAUGCAUUGGCAGAACUACACGAUAAGGCUCUUUACACAGCUCUACAGGAGCUGCAGAGCAAACUGAAAGGAUUUAAAUAUGCAAAACACAAUAUCUCUGUUUUCUUGAGUGAAAGCGUCAAUGAUCCUCUAAAAUUUGGUUUGAAGGAGGUCAAUACUGCAUGUUGUGGGAGUGGAAGAUACGGAGGAAUUUCCAGCUGUGGGGGGAAGAGGGGUGUGACAGAGUUUGAAUUGUGUGAAGAUCCUAAUGAAUAUUUGUUCUUCGACUCUGGUCAUUUCACUGAUAAGGUGAACGGCCAAAUUGCGGAGUUGAUGUGGAGUGGGCAUCCCAACGUCACGGGCCCUUGCAAUCUUAAAGAGCUAUUUUCUAACAUCUAAUUUGAUUGAGCCUACAUCUGCUUCAACCCAAGAGAAGAGGAGGAUUUUAAUUGCUCGAUCAUUAUCUACUACAAUAAGACAAUGAAUUGUGUGCAUUUUGUAAUAUAUUUUAUAUUCCACUUGGGAUGUAAAUUUAAUACAUAUGUGUCGUUAAA